GUCCAUCACAAUUCCAAAUGUUUUCCUAACUAAAAACACAUAGUAAUUUUCAACUGAAACCCACCUCUCUUUUUCUCUGCCCCCAUGGAUCCACCAACUUCUUGGGAUUCCUUGCGAAAGCAGGCAAGGAAUCUUGAGGCGCAGUUGGAUGAUCAAAUGCAUUUGUAUCGUAAAUUAGUUUCAACAAAAGUUAAUGAUGGUAAUGAGAAUGAUCUUGGAUCAGGAAUAGAACAAUUACUAAAACAAUUACGUCAUGUAAUUUCACAAAUGCAAGCAUGGGUGUCAUCGGGAGGAUCAGAAAUAUUUUCUCAUACAUUGACUCGUCAUCAAGAAAUUCAUCAUGAUCUUAGUCAGGAGUUCAAUAGGCUUCGGUCUAGCCUUAGAGCAAAGAGAGAGCAUGCGUCACUCCUCGAGGAUUUCAGGGAAUUUGACAGAACAAGAUUAGAUAUUGAAGACGGUGGUGCAUCUCAAGAGGAGUCUCUACUAAAGGAACGAGCUACUCUCAUGAGAAGUACGGGCCAGAUGGAUGGUGUAAUAUCCCAAGCACAAGAAACCUUAGGUACUCUUAUGUUUCAACGUUCAACAUUUGGUGGCAUCAAUUCAAAGCUUACCAAUGUUAGCAGUCGUCUCCCAACUGUGAAUAACAUCCUCUCGGCAAUAAAGAAGAAAAAGUCAAUGGACACAAUCAUUCUUUCAUUAGUCGCUUCCGUUUGCACGUUUCUAAUCUUGAUAUACUGGUUGACGAAGUAGCAAGGUAUUGUUGGGAAUAUUGCAGGGGGCGGUUGGAGUUACAUUGUUUGUAUAAAUCAACUACCAAAGUAGUUAUAUAGGUAUAUUGUAUGUGCCAUUAUUUUUUUGGGGACUCGGUGUGAGAUAAAUGUAUUUGAAUUGACACUUUUGCAAUUGUAUGAUCAGUCUCCAAACA